UGUAAAUCAGAUGUAAAGUAAAUAAAUUAUUGUUAUGGCUUAGACUAUAGAUUGAUAACCAAGAAAGGAGAAGGUACUUUUUCGGAGGUCAUAAAAGCAUAAUCAAUAAAAACAAAUUAAUUGGUUGCAAUAAAAUGUAUGAAGCAAGUUUUCUAAACAAUUGAUUAAGUAUUGUAUUUUAAUUCUAAUAUUGGUUAACAAACUGAAAGAAAUUCAAGCAUUGAGAAAGUUAUAAAAUCAUGAACACAUAAUUAAAUUAAUAGAAGUAUUAUAGUAAAAUAUCAUUCAUAAUAAUUAGUGAUGAACCUA